AUGACGGAUAAACCAACACAAGUGCCUGCCGUUUUGGGCGUUACAUGCACAUUUUGGUCCCUUGCUGUGAUCAUCGUCGCCGUAAGAGUCUUUGUGAGAACACGACUAGUAAAGGCCCUAGGUCCUGACGACUGGUGGAUGCUGGCUGCCAUUGUUCUUUCCACAUUCGACCAAUCCUGCAAAAUAGCAUGGUGCUUUCAUGGACUGGGUAUGCAUAUAGAGGAUGUCGGUGCGCAUGACUUGGAUAGCUUUUUGAUGCUCAGCUACAUCGUUCCAGUGCAAUACCCGUUUGCUCUGGGAUUCGUCAAGAUGUCAAUCCUAAGCUUCUACCUUCGUGUUUUCCCACAGAAAAUAUUCCGUCACAUCUGCUUUGGUGUCAUGGGCAUCGUGGUUGCAUCAACAGUGACCGUCGCGUUGGGUCAAGCUUUUGCUUGCACACCUAUAAGUGAUGGGUGGAAAGCUGUCCCUACUGGGUCCUGCGUUGACCGAGAGGCUCUACAAGUUGCUGGGAGUAUUAUCAACCUCAUCACAGACGUGAUUGUCCUGGUAUUACCAAUGAAGUAUUUCUAUUCAAUGGCACUGGACAAGACCAAACGAUAUGGCAUUAUGGCCUUAUUUUCUCUAGGAUUGAUUACAUGCGUUGCGUCGGCAUACCGUCUCUCUACAAUCCCUAGUUUCUAUGCAUCAGCGGACAAGACCUGGAACAGUUCAUCUCUGUGCAUUUGGUCAUGCCUCGAGGUCAAUCUAUCCAUCAUCACAGCAUCCAUCCCAUCUAUCAAGAGUUUGGUUUCAGGCUAUAUGCGAAAAUCAACCGCGUCCAAGCCAAACAGUUAUGGGACUUAUGGAAGCACUGGAAGGUCCAAACGGACUUUGGGCCACGAAGAAGACGGAUGGCAACUUGUCAACCGGGAGAACACGGCUAAUGCCAGUAAAAGUGAUAUCGACGGUAAAAACAGCGAUAUUCACAUCCAAAGCGACAUUCACGUUCAAAGCGACGAGAGGGUGGAAGAGGAUUUUCCCUCCUCUACGAAUACGCCCGUCACACGGGCAUUUACAGAACGAAGACACAUUCUAGGAGCUGUUUCUCAAGAUAAGGUUCGCCGCGAUUCUACAAGUUCAAACGGUUCGAUACUCCUCGCAAACCACAGACCAAACGGCGACACGACGUUAGAUGUGUACUAUACUCUGGGUGCCCAAGUCGGAAAUGCAUCGGCCAACCUCGUCAUUGAUACAUACUCUGCUGAUUUAGUCAUCGAUCAGGAGAUCUACAGAAAUGGUACGGGUGAGCCAUAUCCAACGGGCUUCAUCUUUUCUGUCACAUACUCUAAUGGAUGGGUUUUUAAUGGUGAAACAAUGUUUUGGGAUACAGUCGGGCUGUAUCCGUCAUUCAACAACAGACUCUCCCAGGGCCAGAACUAUACCUUUUACACACCCAAUCAGACGGUCGAAGUAACAGAUAUCAAGUCAUAUAAACAGCUCGCCAAUAUCCCAAAUCCACAGGGAGUCAUCGGCCUUGCUUUCAACACGUCCAGUGGGGUUAUAGACUUGCAUAACACAACAGAGAAAAUUCCAGAGCCUCAUUCGAUUAUUGAAACAAUUGCACCGAAUCUUACAGAUCGCGUGGUCGGACUAGCUCUCCAACGAUGGGGACCACCGGGCAUGGACAUUGGGUGGUGGGACCCAUCUAGAAUGGACCGCGACAUUUGCUGGGCCGACAGUGUGUAUGCAUUUGAGGCGUGGAUGGUCCAUGUGGAAAGUGUGCUUUUAGGCAGGAAUGGGACAAAUUUUAAUGGCGUGGCAUAUACAGCUGUUCUCGACAGCAAGUAUCCGGGUCUUCUCCUGCCCCUGGGGAUCGCCAACGCCUAUUUUGCGCUGGUACCUGGAGCUUCUCAGAAUGUGUACCCAUGCGGAACGACAUUGCCCAGCUUGACUGUGAUAUUGAAGAACGACUGUGUCGUAAGUAUUCCCGGGGAAGCUUUGAAACGGCUUGAUUUGGGCGAUGGAAAAUGCAUGAUGGCGGUUGAAUCCAGCGGAUCUGGCAGUACCUCGCUCACGCUGGGCAUUCCAUUUUUUAAUAUCAUGUAUACGGUGUUGAACUAUACCGACCAAACGGUUGGUGUUGGGCAACAUGCAGGCUUACAAGACACGUUGGACAAGGUACACCAGUGGGAGACUAUGUCACCACUAUAUAGAUCACCAACACUAAGCCCUUCCUCUGCACGUCCUUCAUCUGCAGCAAGUCCUUCAUUCAAACCGAGCACAACGCCUACAUCCCAGCCCGCGAGUGGCACAUCACCCCCCAUCCACACCUGA